UGGUGUGCGUGCGCGCAAGGACGUUCGCCUUUCACUAGUGUUAGUGCGCUGCUGUGCUGUCAAAACGGAAUCGUUCAUUUGUUGACAUAUCACCAUAAACAAACGCCUACAGCAAACGCGUACAGCAGCCAGCGAUGGACGAAAAGUGUCGAUUAUGUUUGGCUCGGCUGGAAAAUCUACGCUCAAACGCCACCAUCGAGGAGGAGGGUUUUAGAGAAAAGCUUAAAACACUGUUCAGCUUCCCGAUCACCUCAAUCGAAGCAUUCCCAUCGACGGUGUGCGUGCAGUGUGAGGCAAGGGUGUCCGAUUUCCACACCUACCAUGAGCAGGUGAAAAGCAACCAGGAUCAGCUGUGGUCGACCCAGCAUCAGAAGUAUUUCGAAAAGGUCAAGGUAGAGCCCGCCCCGGAUGCCGACUAUGACGUGUUUGAGCUGCCGUUCGUAGAAGUGAAACCGGUUGAAGGUGCGCCGAAGGAGAGCUGUAAAAAUGACGAGCAGCUGGACGUGCUGGCCAUAGACAGUGAUCUCGACGAUGGGAUGAAGCUGGAGGAUGAGUACAAUCCUCCGAGCAGCAGCGCUGCUAGCAACAAUAAUUCAGACGACAGUGAGUACGAGGUGAAACCCCGGAGGUCGAAACGCGUGACGGACACGGCAGACCGCACGAGAACGACACGGCGCGGACGGUCCCCGAAAAGUGAGGCAGGCACGAGGUCGCCCGGUGAGCAGAAGAAAAAAUCUCCCAUCGUGGUGCGGCGGGGCCAGGCAACCAACCAAAAGCUGCGCGAGUUUUACGACAUGAAGUGCGAGAUGUGCGAGGAGCAGCUGGAAUCGUUCAACGCACUGAAGAAACACUACUAUCAAACGCACCGAACGCGUGGCUACAUCAAGUGCUGCGGGCGCACGUUCCACAAACAGUACCGGUUGCUGGAGCAUCUGUCCUACCACGUCGGCUCGAGCAUGGUGCGGUGCGAGGAGUGCAACAAAACGUUCAGCAGCCGAAGCUACCUGCUGGUGCACAGGAGCCGCGUCCACGGGCAGCCUGAAGAUCGGCCGUACAAGUGCACCCAGUGCCAUCAGUCGUACGCGUUGGAGUGCCACCUGAAGGCGCACAUCGUGUCGCACGUGCGGGUCAACUGUACGAUCUGCGGGAAGGAGCUGGCGAGUGCGCAUUCCCUCCGCACGCACAUGAUCAACAUGCACGGCAACAGGGAGAACCACAUCUGUGACACCUGCGGGCGCGAGUUCCGCAGCCGGCCGGCGUUCGAGCGGCACGUCAAGCUACACCUCGGGCUGGAGGUGACCAAACAGAUGCAGUGCGAGGUGUGCCACAAGUGGCUCAACAGCAAGCGGGCGCUCAAGGUGCACCUGCAGCUGGUGCACAUGGAGGCGGGCCAAACGUUCCAGUGCGAUAUCUGCUCGCAGCAGUACCCGAACAGCCGGGCACUGGCCAACCACAAGCAGUUCGUGCACGUGGAGGAGCGGUUUAAGUGUGAGGAGUGCGGCAAGCUGUUCAAGCGGCAGCUCUACCUGAAGGAACACGUGGCCGCCCUGCACACCCGCAAACCGCUCUACUCCUGCGAGGUGUGCGGUGCUACAUUCAACUCGAACGCGAACAAAUACUCCCACCGCAAGAACAAACAUCCGGUGGAGUGGGAAGAGCGCCGGAAACAGCAGUUGCAGCAGCCAAAGGAGCAGCAACAGCAGCAGCAACAGCAGCAGGAACAGGCAGUUAGUUUGUAAAAGAGGCUUAGCUUAGCUUCUCUAUGUAGCGCACAUACUAAUACAGUGGAACGCCGUUUAUCCGGGCUUCUCGGGACUUGACUUCGCCCGGAUAAGCGAAUAACACGGAUAAUGAGUCAGAUGAUAUAUUUUAUCACCAAUUCCUGGUUAUUUUUUGGAAAUUUUUCUUAUUUUUUGAUAAAAAUAACCCAGUUUUUAUUAACUUCAUGUUUUUCGAAAGAGAAUUUUAAAAAUUUGCCAUGAAUUAUAGUGUUUUUGUCAAUGACAUGUCAAUGACAAUGUGCUCUUAUAACCGCUUUUUCAAAUAUCCUCCUCAUAUCCCAAUGUCACUUUUGUAUUGAACUGUCAUUUCUCAACAGCACGGAUAAACGGAAAGCCGGAUAAAAGGUAUCCGGAUAAACGGCGCUCCAUUGUAUUCCCAAAUCCCAUCAUAAGUUAGGUGUCACGUAUGGAUUUAAGGAAAUUUAUGGUCAAAUGCUAUUUAAUUAUACAAAAUCGCGAUUUUCUAAUGCAA